AUGAAUAUUGCUACUACUUACAACCCACAAUUACUUGUUUCGCUAACUUAUUUUGCUUUAACAUCGGGUGUCUUGGCUGUCAAAUAUGUUCCAUCGUUGAAAAGGUUAUUGAACUACGGUAAAACAGCACCAGACUCCAAUUCUAAUGGCAGCGACACGCCUUCAGAAGUGAUUGACAUUAUAGCCAAACAUGCAGUAGUACGCAAGCUGUGGUUUACUCAUUUCUACAUUUGCUUAUUCACUCUAUCCACUGCAACCUAUUUCAAGGCAUGCCAUGAAGCUAUCAUUGGUCACUCUAAUGAAACUUCUUCCGCCACAUACAAGAAUUUGGCCAUCAUCAACAAACUACUCGUUAUUCAAGGUGCAAGAAGAAUGGUUGAGAGUUUCGUCGUGACAAAGUUUUCGCCUGUAUCAUACAUGAACUUUGCUCACUACGCUGUCGGAAUGUCUCAUUACGUGUUAAUUGCAUUGGCAACAUACUUGGGCUUAUCGGGGAAUUGCGCCGGAAGCGCCGCAUUAACCAUUGUGGAUUACUUUCUUGUUGCUGUCUUUGGAGUUGCUUCGGUACAACAGUUUUUAGCCCACUCUCAUCUUGCCCAUUUGGUGAAGUACUCAUUACCUAAAUUCAAAGUGGUGGCAUCUCCGCACUACCUGUAUGAAGUCAUCAUCUAUACAGUCAUUGCGAUAUUUGGUGCUAAAAAUGGCUUGGGCUUGACCUCGUUGAUGUUUGCAUCUGCUUGGGUUUUUGUGGUUACCAAUUUGUCAGUGUCUGCUGUGGAAACGUACCGCUAUUACCAAGUAAAGUAUAAGGAGGACUUUAGUUUGAAGUGGGCCAUAUUUCCAGGAAUUUUGUAG